GGCGACGGGAUCAGCAUGACGUAUAAUCCCGUGGACGGCACUCUUCUACAACAACAUCUAGUCAGCCACCUCGGUAGCUUCCUAGCCGAUACAUUCAAGCUGUUCAGACUGCUUCGGUGUAUAUUUUCCUCUGUAUUUUAAGCAUAAUUCUGUCAUAUAACUAGUUUCCCAAUUUAAUGUCAUAUUUCCGUUUCGUCAGGUAACGGUAGCUGGCUUGAUAAAUUAGCAUAUCACUAGGCUAGUCGCUAACUAGCUAGGUUAGCUGGCUAACAUCACCGACCAUGGGGUCUCUAAACUACCCCCCUCCUGUUAAAGAAGAGGAGGUCUGCUGGACGGAGAAAGAAGCUCUGGGGCUGAACAUUGUUGUGAAAGAGGAGAAGGAAGAAGAGGAUGUUGUGACAGUAAAACAAGAAGUAGAGGGUGAGGCUGUUACAGUGAAAGAAGAAGAGAAAGAUGUUUCAGUGAAAGAAGAGGAAGACGCGCUCAGAGUGAAAGAGGAGGAGGAUGCAGUUUUUGGAGUGAAAGAGGAGGAAGGGGAGAUGACUGUCACAUUGAAAGAGGAGAAUGAAGAACAGGAGGAGGAGACAGGUGAUCUGAUUAAAACCAGAGAGAGACCAGACUCUGACAGCGGGAAGAGUUCCUCAGAGGAAACAGACCUGGAGACGCCUAACCAACACCACUGCUCCCACUGUGGAAAGAGUUUUAGGUGGUUUGGGAGCCUGAAAAUGCAUGAGAGAAUACAUACAGGAGAAAAGCCCUACCACUGUUCCCACUGUGGAAAGAAUUUUACUCAGUUCGGGGCCCUGGUUGGGCAUGAGAAAACACACACAGGAGAGAAGCCUUAUCACUGCUCCCACUGUGGAAAGAGUUUUAGGUGGUUAGUGAGCCAAACAACACAUGAGAGAAUACACACAGGAGAAAAUACUUUCCAUUGUUCCCAGUGCAAAAAUAGUUUUAGGUGGUCAGGGAGUCUGAAAAAGCAUGAGAGAAAACACACAGGCGAAAAGCCUUUCCAACAUACUAAUACACAGAAGGAGAAGAUAUACCACUGCUCUCAUUGUGAAAAUACAUUUUCCCAGUCAGAGGACUUGAAAACACAUGAGAGAAUAGAGAGACUGUGUUCUGACUUGUGUUUUUGACUGAGAAUUUGUGUUUUUGUUUGGACUGUCAGACUUGAGUUUACUUUUUGUAGUGUUAAUUAAUCAAUUAAUCCAUUGUUUGAAAGGAUUAAAAAUACAUUGAAAACAUCAAAAAUACGUUCUGUAUAGCACUACAAUCUACAACGCCAUGUAAAAACAAGAUGACAUGGAGGUUAAAUAAAGUGUGCUUUAUCAAUGGAACAUAUUGUGACCCGUCCACUUUGGGGCGCUGUAUAGUCAUAAUAUCCAUAACAACUACAGGUCAAACAGGGAAAUGGCUCCAAUCGUUUAUCCACCAUUCAUUUUUCCCAUAGGGCUGUGUUUUGUUUAGGCUCACCCUGGUGUGAUGUUUUGAUAACCAUGUAAAUAACCAUGUAAAUCUCUCUAGGACAACGUGACUGAGGGCACACCGUGUGUUGUGAAUCUGUUGUAAUGUUUUUAAAAUUGUAUAACUGCCUUUAUUUUGCUGGACCCCAGGAAGAGUAGCUGCUGCCUUGGCAGGAACUAAUGGGGAUCCUUUAUUCACAGAUUUGAAAAUGACAAUAAGCAUCAAAGUAGAUGACAUGCAAGACUUCAAAUAAUAAUAAACUUCUUCCAUUAUGUAUGAUGGAGGCCACUGUGUUCUUGGGGACCUUCAAUGCUGCAGAAAUGUUUUGGUACCCUUCCCCAGAUCUGUGCCUCGCCACAAUCCUGUCUCAGAGCUCUACGGACAAUUCCUUUGACCCCGUGGCUUGGUUACCUGUGGGACUUUAUAUAGACAGGUGUGUGCCUUUCCAAAUCGUGUCCAAUCAAUUGAAUUUACCACAGGUGGACUCCAAACAAGUUGUAGAAAAAUCUCACGGGUGAUCAAUGGAAUCAGGAUGCAUCUGAGCUCAAUUUCGAGUCUCACAGUAAAGGGUCUGAAUACUGUAAAUAAAUGUGCAACAAUGUCUAAAAACCUAUUUUAGUUUUUUCAUUAUGGGAUUUUGUGAUGUCGUUAUGGAGUAUUGUGUGUAGAUUGAUGAGGGAAAAAAUCUGUAAUGUAACAAAAUGUGGAAAAAGUGAAGGGGUCUGAAUACAUUACGAAUGCGCUGUAUAUCCCUGGUAGAGUUGUAUACCCUUGGCAGUUUUGUACACAGUCAUGUGACACAUGGUCUAGAAAAAUCCAAUCUUAGGAGAGAACAUGGGAGGCACUAUAUCUGCAGGUGUUUAUCUGGUCAAAACCACCGAUACAGGUGCCCCUCCACCCUUUGGUGGGAUGGAUCAUGUCUACAGAGAAACCUUGAUUCGAAUACUUAGAUGUGUGUGUAUUGGGUAUAUGUUGUGAAAUGGUUAGAUAUUACUUGUUAGAUAUUACUGCACUGUCAGAGCUUGAAACACAAGCAUUUCGCUACACCCGCAAUAAUAUCUGCUAAACAUGUGUAUGUGACCAAUAAAAUGUGAUUUGAUUUUGAUUUGAAAUAAAUGUCCUAUUUAUCAAAGGUG